AUGACUAAGGGCGGUAGUAAUAAACCUACAAUGUUAGGACGUCUCAUUUUUGGUGAAAAACGAAAACAACAUGCAUCACCAACACGUCAUCGAUCAGCUACACGUGCUGGUACCAGUAUGGGUCAUGUAUCAUCAUCCAAUGGAAAUCUUGAACAUAAAAAUGCAAUUAAUUUACAGGAUUGGGCUGCAUGGCGAACUCAAUUGAAUGAACAAAUGAGUAAUGGAGCGACUGAACGAACUGAUAUAAAACAGAUGCGACAAUUUCUUCAAGCAAAUCCAUUUUAUCAGCAACAUAGUCGUGAUCCAUCUAAUGGUCAAUACGAUGGUGUUCGAUUACUUUUUUCAAUUCCUCAUGCUAAUUUAAAACCUGAACCAGUCAAUGGAUCACAUGGAGGUCGUCACAAAAAUACUCAUACGGAAGCAGAAGGUAGACUAACAUAUGAGCCAAAUACUGUUCGAUCAAACAUUGAUGAUCAUACACCAAUUACUGUUAAUUCAAUUUCUGCAGAAUCACCAUUGAUGACUGAUAAAACUAUUAGUCAAUUAGUUCCGAAAAGUUUAAUAGGAAAUACAAAUGGUUUUACUCAUAUUAAUGAACAAAUCAUUGCUACUGAUAAUCUGCAAACACAUCGUUCGAUUCGUACACCUUUUCCAACAUCAAAUCGAGUACAUUCAACAUUACAGAAAGCAGUUAAAGAUGGUAAUGUACUCGAAAAAAUCAAAGCAUUUGAAAUGCAAGCAGCUGCAGCUCAAGCUGAAACAACAACAAAAUUAUGUAGUAGUGGCAAUAUUAUUAGUAAUAAUCGAGUACAAUCAGCAGCAUCAUCCAUUCCAUCAGCGACACAUCGUGCUUUAAGUCCAUCCGUAAGACAUCCACUGCAACAUCCAGUAUUUCCUAUGCUAAUGCAACAUGAACCGCAACAGCAACAACAACAACAACACAUUCGUUCUCAUCGAAGUCGUCAUGCUCAUCCAACACAACAUCAUUAUGAUGCUCAUGGUAAGCCAAUAGUCGGUCGUGAAUCAAGAAAGGGUGCACAUGUACUUGAACCUGCUCAUGGAGAUAUUAUUCUUAAACGGCGAAUGCCUCAAAAAGCUGGCAAUGAUGAAGAUUAUUCACUUACAGCAAUGAGUUCUUUGGCACAUACAACAUCUCAAAGUCAUCAUCGUCAAAAUCCUUAUCAACAUCGAUCCAGUGCAUCUCAUUCACGACAUCGUCAAGAAAUGAUUCAUGAUAAACGUCCAUCAAGUAAUCAUGCAAUUGUUCAGAAGAAACAUCAACCAAAAUCAAAAGAAAUAACACCUACAACAGCAGCAGCAUCAUCAUCUCAUAAAACAAAUACACGUCAUCGUUGGCUUAAAGGACAUAAAGAAACACAAGGUGAAACUACAAUUGAAAAUGUUAAACAAGACAUGGUUAGUACGAAAUCAAAAAAAAACAGUAAAAAUAAAAAAGAAAAAGUUGAAUCAAAGAAAAAGACAAUAUCUCCUACUCCUAAAGGAAAAAUAUCAGCAACUUCAUUGGAUAAUAAUCGUGUUUAUGGUGUACCAAAUGCAAUAAUCAAUGAACAAACAUCACCACAAUUACCACCUCGAAUUGACGAAGAAAAUGAAUCCGAUAGAGAAGAAAAACGUAUUGAAAAUAAAAAUAAUAAUCAUAUAUCAUCAAAAGAAGAAGAUGAUGAUAUUAGUCAAAGUAAAGAAUGUGACACAGUUAUUCCUACAAACAUUGAACGACGAACAACAAAUAAAACAAAAUAUCAUAAAAAAUUAUCAAGUACUGAUGGUGAAAUUUUAAGUAAAGGUGAAGAUGAUACUCGAUUUUCACGUCCCACCGAUGAUCAUGCUCAUCGUUCUGAACUAAAUGAUGAAGAUGAUGAAUGUAAAAGUGAAGGAGAUGUUUUCAUUGAAGAUUUAUCUACACCAAAUAUCAGUUGUCAUCAACAACAAUCAUCAAAUAUAAUUCAACGUCAACAAUCAGUUGAUGAACUUCCAUCUGAUCGACGAUGGCAAUGGUCAAAAGAAAGUGGUGGAUUAAUCGAUAAAGGAAAUCGAAAGAAAAAACAACAAUCACCAAUAACAAUUCUUACACGUAAAAAUAAAAUCGAAGAGCAAGUUGUUUAUGAAACACCUCAAUCUGAUCAAAUUCAAACAAGUGAAUGUAAUACUUAUUCAAUAAAAACCAAACAAUCGUCACGCAUUAGUCCUAUCAAUAAUCAUAAAAUAGAAGCAAAAACAAAUGAUUUUUUUGAUAUUGGACCUCAUACAAAUCCUGAAGAGAUUAUGAUUAAGAUGACAAGUUCAUCAUAA